AUGUCACGUCUACCUUUGCACGAAAACCUACCGGAGCGCAGCUAUGAAGUUGGCCUUCAUCCCGUCGAAGAGGGACUGCAUGCUAGAGAACACGAAGAUGAAGGAAAGGAAGCGUGGAGUCAUCAAUAUGCCGUCGCAAACAGCUAUCAAUCCGAGAAGCAGAAACCACAAAGAAUUGGAGGUCUCAAGCCAUGGCUGUUCUGGCUUGUGAUAGGUGUUAUCAGCGUGGUUGUAAUCGGUGCAUCUGUUGGUGGAGCUAUUGGUGGUUCCAGGGCGGCGAAAGGAAACAGCCCGUUGGCUCAGAGCUUGGGGACAGGUUCAGUGUCGGCCAGCACGGGGACUGUGAGCAGUGCAACAUCCUCGGCGACGUCCGAUCUAUCCUCUGUGGUGACCACAGACUGCCCCUCGAGCAAUGGCACAUCCUUUACACCCAAGACUCCCGCCGGUAAUCCAGGCCAAUACAACUUUAUCAAGUAUUGCGGCUUUGACACGGACGGAGGAGAUCUCGUCGAGGCUUUCGUUGUAGACGUGGAUACUUGUAUUGCGCUAUGUUCGAACUGGAACUACAUGCAAAAGGAUGGACCUAAGUGUACUUCGGCGUCGUUCAAUGUGAACGGAUCACCACCGGGUAAUUGUUGGGCGAAGACGGGGAGCGGGCUCAAGCUUGGGAAUAGCGCACUGACCGGGCCGCAUGUAGACGUUCGCGACUCGACGCUCAAGUCUCUCAAGCUGACCUGCCCCUCUGCCGAAGGUAUCCAAGAGCCGCCGUCGCCAUCGACUAGUGACGACUCGCCUAUUAUGGAGCAACAAGGCUUCCCGUUCCCCGAUAUGGGCGAUGAAUGGUCUGAUGAGGAAGUCCUGAUCCCCAGGCAGAGGAAGAAACCCCAGUUUAUACCACCACUCAACUUCGAAAAGAUCACUGCCUUGUCCGGCGAGACGUCUUCUGCUGGGUCCACCUCGACGUCGCCCAGCCCGAAUCGGAUGGGCGCAAAGGCUAGUCCACUAGUACCGCCCAAGAGCCCAUCGCGGCCGGACGCGUCGAGAGGGAGCAGCCAGGACGACUUGAUACAGCGCUUCUAUCAAGUCACAAAAGAGCGGGACGCGCUGCGGAAGGAAUUGCAAAGGCGGAGCGUGGGUGUUAGCGGCAUGCCCGCACGAGGGUCCAUGGUAGCCCGGUCAGAAGAGAAUGCGCUGAUUGAGGAAUUGCAGGCAUUGCGCUACGAGAUACGAGUAUGGAGCGAAGAGUACUUUAGUGGUCCUAUCAAGGCCUCGAGCAAGCGACCGUAUCUUCAUAGAGCAAAGGAACUCUUUGGGAAUCUCACGGACAAUUACCAGACAUACCUCAAGCACCCGGAGGAGCGGCCACUUCUCAUACAAGCCUAUGUAUGGAUGAAAUUGCAGCAGAAGAUCUUUAACAAUUGGAACAAGGGCAGCGGAUACGUCUGGGCGGGUAAAUUGGGCGACAAGAAGCUGCGUGACAUCAACGACACGCUACGGAAGGCCGUUCGCAACGAAGCCCAGGCCGAAGAAUACCACCUUUGGCGCUCCAUGACCGUAAACCUCCUCGUCCCCCAAGUUGACGGCAAAUGGCGCCCCACCUUCGACGCUGCCCCCGUCCUAAAACGCAUAUCCCGCUUUUGCAGCCGCAUGCGCCGCAAACUACGCCCUUGGUCCACACAAUCGCUGCGCUCAGGCAAAGAACGACUCAGCACAAUCGUCUCUGCCUCAGUAGCACUUGAUCUAAAGAUGAAGCGCCAGCUCGCCGACUACCGCUUCGUCACCUUCACCGGCGGCAAAAAGGACCAGUACUGGGGCUACGGAUACUACGACAGCGAAAUGGAAGACGUAUACGAUGAUGACGACGAUGAUAUGAAUGACGGCUACGGCGCUAGUAAUAUACGAGGCAGACGUGUAGAACUUGCCCUCGCGCCUGCAUUGGAACGGUGCGGGAAUGCUAAUGGCCAUGUGUUUGAUCAGAGCUUUAUGAUGGUCAAGGCGGAUGUUAGUUGUAAGAGGUUGGAGAAGACGAAGAAGCAACAACAGCAGCCAAGGGCUAGAAGUAGGGCGAGUACUAGUAGGCAGGGCACAGCGGGUGGGAGGAAGAGUAGUACCACGUUUAGCGCUUUGUGGGGAAAGUAA